CUGAUAGCGCCUGAAGGAAGGAGGCGAGCACACAGGAGCAACCAUGUGUUUGAAAUAUUCUCUGCAUGGCAGACCAGAUUUGGAGAAAUGCUGGUGCCUGGUUGGAAUACGAGAAAACAGUGUUUCCCUCGCUCACCUGACCUUCCUUGUAGACUGUUCCAGCGGGAGAAAGGAACUCCUGAACACGUGGCCAGACAGCAAACUCGAUGGGCGCCCGCUCCGUGCCUUCCCCUCCAGACUAAGGAUGGAGACAUACGUGACAUUCUGCAGUGAUGGGCCCAUUUAUAGCCCCUGGACUGUCCAAAGCAAAGCAAGCAAGCAGGGCAUGUCCUGCAUCCCAGCCCACGUCUCAGCUUCACCACGGCCUGGCACUGGAGAAUCUGCAGAGGCACCUGAGCCCAUCAGGAGCAAGGCUCCUGUCUCCAUGCUCCAGCAAGGCCUUUGGAGCUGUGCUAAGAGUGAUGCUGCACUUUGGGGGGGUGACUCCAGGGCCUUACAGCGCGCUGCUUGGUGCAGCGUCAAACGCUUUCUGCGGGGCUUAGCCAUGUGUGUCUUUGGGCAAGCUGACUGAGAACGGGAAAGAGGAAAUGCUCUCAGUGCAAAGCAGAACUGGCUGCAGAACUCACCCUGUGGGAUGUUCCUGAGGCUAGUAUCAUGGUACAACGUGAGAAAGGUUCAGGCCUUUCUGUGGCCAAGAGUGACACCUCCAGGCUACCUGAGGUGGGAUAAAGGACAGGGGCCAUUAAUCUUCAUGCUUCAUAAACUAAAUGCCUGGUGACAAUAGGAAUAAACUUCCCUCCCGUGUGGUG